UUGAUAAAAAUACUACAUAUUCAGAGACACUCAAGUGGAUGCUUCACUAUACAAACGUCGCAUGGUUAUGCAUCUUACACACAUACAAUUGACAUAUGUAUCUCAGUAUUGUUUUGUGUCUUUCAGAAUGGACACCUUCCCGAAGUGUUCCGUCUGUCAUCAGGAGUUUACACUAAAAGGUCCAGUCUCGUACUUACUGCCCUGUCUACACGCUGUGUGUGAGACGUGUGUGACAUCUGCGGCUGGCGGUGUGAUAUCAUGCUCCACAUGUCAGAGGGAGGUCAACCUCACAGACACAUGUCUCCAGAAGGAUGCAGUCAGACAGAAGGAAAUAUUCCACCUGACCGUCAAACAACGCCCCACAGAGCUCCUCUGUACAUAUGAAGAUGACGGGAACCAGGCUGUGUGUUGGUGUCAGGAGUGUGAAGAGUUCCUCUGUGAAUACUGCCAAAACAUGCACAGCAGCGUCAAACUUUCCAGAAAUCAUGCUGUGCACAACUUUGGGGAUAUAACCCCAAAAAAACUUGAAAAUGAAACCAAUUGCAAUAUUCACGAACGGUAUCCACUUCAUUUGUUUGACAAAAGCUGCAACGUGUAUAUCUGUUGCCAAUGUAGGAGAGGAGAGCAUGCGGAUCACGAGGUUGAUUACCUGGAUGAAGCUGCUGAAGGAGUUACACAGCGGAUUGAACAACACAGGAAAGAUCUGUCAGCGUUACUGUCUCGUCAGCAAACACACCUUCAGAGCAUCAGACAAGAAACGCAGUUGACCAACAGGACUCAGGACACAUUGAGGAAGACAAUAGAACAUACUUUCCGGUCUUUAAGAUCACACCUUGACCAAAGGGAGAAGGAACUCCUGAUUGAUCUUGAAAGUUUGACGAGGGAAACCAAGGCAACUCUACAUGCUUUUGAAACCUCAUGUGAAGAUCAUCAUGCAAGAUGCACCGACAUUUCAGGUUAUAUCCGAAAAUGUCUUCUCUAUGCUUCCAAAUCAGUCCUCGUACAGCUGGAGACCACUGUUGAGGGGAUGACUCGGACCUGCCUAGAAACUGCUUCGCCUGAAACACAUGAUGUACCUGAAGCUGUCUUCAACACCAAUGGCUUGUCCAAACUGAAAUCAGAUAUGUCUGGAUUUGGGAACAUCACUACCUUGAAAGAAGAUUCAGAAGGGGGAACACCUGAGGAUAAGCAAACACAAACUGAUGAUGACUAUUUGGCGGACCUGGAACAGAAACACGAAAUGAUGCUAUCUGAGAAAGAUCAAACCUGCCAGGUCGCCUUAGAAACCAUUAAUCGUCUACAAACAUUCUUGAUAGGUUUCCCAACUGAAGGCUGUGUUCAUCUGCUGAAGACAGGUGUAGUAGACAGACGCAUGGUCCUGAAUUGUUUACAUCUAAAGUAUGACAAAGACAGAGUCAAUCUCAACGAAGUCCACAUCAACACAGAAGGAGACCUGGUCAACAGGGAGUCGGACACUAGACCUGCAGGGGAGGGGAGACUGAAGAGGUACAGUGGCACAUGUAGCACUGCCCCCCUCCCCCAGGGUGGCUGUCCCCAGUACUGGGAGAUGAAAUCUAGGGUCUGCCUGGAUGAAACACUCAUAGGGAACUUGCUCAUCCUGGAGGUUUGUGUGUGCAGGGAGGAGCAGAUGGACGGGUAUUGUAUAGGUGGAAGUCCCAGAUAUUACAGCAUGACCGUCGCCCACUGUCCUACACACGGCAAGAUAUGCAGGAAGACAUGUAAGGAGUGGAAGUAUGUGCGGUGUCUGCCUGACACUCUCCCCAACACAGCAUGGGCAUCACACACACUACAUUACGGUGUCGUCUAUGAUGACGCCAGGAAGAAGAUUGUCUUCAUUGAUGUGAAGGAGAAUAAAGUGAUAUCGACGUUACACAAUGUAGACUCCAGUCAGACACUGUGGCCGAUGUUCGGGGUGUAUAACCCUGAUCUCCUCACCGUCAGCAUGACACUUGUAGUGGGCAGCGACAUCAACAUGACAGAGGAGAAGAAAGCAAUGAUUGUCAAGGCACUGUCGUGAUGGUGGCAAUGAUUGUCAAGGCUCUGUCGUGGUGGUGAGUGAGUGAGUGAGUUAAAGCUUUACGUCACAUCGGCAAUAUUACAGCCAUAUCGUGACGAAAACAUUUAUAAUACUGACAUUAAAAUAAAACACCUGUCAUCGACGGACAGUAGAACAACUAGCAUAUCACAGUUUAUAAGUAAAACUAGUUUACAUUAUAAAAAACGGGCUAGAGAUCGCCAGCAACCAAAGUUAGGCCACCUCACUGGGGCCAGUGGUGACUUACAAUACUUCUGCUACCUGCUCGGCUCCCCAGCAGGAUUUACACCAUCCCUUCAGAUGCUGGCGAUGGUACGCAAGUCGUGGUGGUGACAAUGAUUGUCAAGGCACUGUUGUGAUGGUGGCAAUGAUUGUCAAGGCACUGUCGUGAUGGUGGCAAUGAUUUUCAAGGCACUGUCAUGGUGGUGACAUGAUUGUCAAGGCACUGUCGUGAUGGUGGCAAUGGUUGUCAAGGCACUAUCGUGAUGGUGGCAAUGAUUGUCAAUGCACUGUCGUGAUGGUGGCAAUGAUUGUCAAGGCACUGUCGUGAUGGUGGCAAUGAUUGUCAAGGCACUGUCGUGAUGAUGGUGAUUAUGAACACAUUGUGAAUGAAAAAUGGGUUUGGUUUUUAAUGAUAUGUUAUGUUUGGCAUAUGUUGUAUUCAAUGAGGUUACUAUAAUAUUGAGGAAAAUCAUCACAUUUUAAAGAGACCCAUAAAGAUUCAGGACUAGAAUAGGUCUUCAGCAACCCAUGCUCGCCGUAAAAGGUGACUAUGUUUGUCGUAAAAGGCGACUAAUGGGAUCGGGUGGUCAGGCUCGCUGACUUGGUUGAUGCAUGUCAUCGAACCCAAUU